AUGCCUGCAACACCUCUUCGUGAAGUGGCUGAGACAGGUGGAGGGGUUCUCUACGAGAUAGAUGAAGGCAACGAAGACGGCGUCUUCGAAAUUGAUCCUGAGACUGGUGACGUCACAGUGGCUGGUCAGCUGGACUUCGAGACGCGCCCUUCUCACGAGCUGCAGCUGAGCGCGACCGCUGGAGGACGCGUGGUGGCCAGAGCGACGCUGCUGGUGCGACUGCUGGACGCCAACGACCAGCCGCCGGUGUUCCAGAAGGCGCUGUACCGCGCUCAGAUAGCAGAAGAGGAGGACCCGGCCAACCUGCCACGCGCCGUCCUCACGGUACGGGCGGUGGACGGCGAUCGCGGUCGACCUGGCAGCAUCGUGUACUCGGCAUCUGGCCCGGGAGUCGACGCUGGUGAUCCUGAGGGCGCGUCCUUCCGCAUCGAUCCCAGGACUGGGGAGAUAUUCGUGCUCAGGCCCCUGGACCGCGAUCCUCCUGCGGGGCGAUCUCUGUGGCGGCUGACGGCGUUCGCUCAGGAUGAGGAGGGCACUGGACUCGUCGGCUACACGGACGUCCACCUGCAGCUCACCGACGUCAACGACAACGCGCCAGCCUUCCCCGAAGACUGCUGCCGCGCAGAGGUCGUCGAGAACGCGCCAGCCGGUACAUUUGUUAUGAACAUGACUGCAGUGGACACAGAUGACAUGCAGCAAGGUGGCAAUGCCAAAAUUAGGUAUUCUAUUGAAAAGAAUGCCAUAGAUGAUGCAAGUGGAAAUUCUAUUUUUGAAAUCAACCCAACCACUGGAGAAAUAAGAACAGCCAUUUGUUGCCUUGAUCGCGAGAGGACAGCGUAUUAUUCUAUUCAAGUUGUUGCAUCUGAUGGAGGAGGACUCAAAGGUACAGGUGAUGUGAUGAUUUUGGUAAAAGAUAUAAAUGACUCACCUCCAGAAUUCACUAAUAACGAAUGGUUUACAGAACUUGAUGAAACAGAAGGAGAUAAUGUGACAGACGAACCAAUUCUUACAGUCACAGUUCUUGAUCAGGAUGAUGGAAGCAAAUUUCAAUACGAGAUUAUUAGAGGCAGUGGUUAUGGUGCAAAUAAAUUUAUUAUUACUGCCAACAGUGAUGGAACAGGUACAAUACGAGCUGUUGAACCACUGGAUUAUGAAGAUAUACAUGGAAACACACUAAGAUUUAAAAUACAGGUCACAGAUAAGGAUGAAGAUAAUAUGACAAGUGAAUACCACACAUCAUAUUCAUGGGUGACUAUAAAACUGAAAGAUGUCAAUGACAACAAACCUGCCUUUGAUGUUCCAUAUACUGAAGUUUCAGUGGCUGAAGAUGCUAAAGUUGGGCUGAGUGUGCAUUCAUUUACAGCAAGAGAUCCUGAUAAUAAUGGAAAGAGCAAAGUGUUUUAUCUUGUUGACCACUCUCUGGACCCAAUGAGACAUUUUAAUGUUGAUCAGAAUGGAACAGUUGUUAUUCAACGACAGCUGGACAGAGAAAAAACACCACUUCAUGAGGUACAUGUGUUGGCUGUUGAUGAUGGAAUACCAGCAAAAACAUCCACUGCGACUUUGUAUGUUGUAGUUGAAGAUAUCAAUGAUAAUUUUCCUCACCUUCUGGAAGAUUAUAAAUCUGUAUUACCAGAAAAUAUGCCUCCAAGAGAAAUUAUGAAAAUACGAGCUGCAGAUGAUGAUGACUAUAUGAGGCAAAAUGGCCCACCAUUCUUCUUUAGAAUGGAUCCUGCAGCAGAUGAUCAUAUUCAUGCCUCUUUCACUGUAGUUUAUGAAAGAAGUAAGUUCUCGGUUUCAUAA